CACUGUUCAAAUUUCCCGUCAUAAGUAGCACAACUCAUUUCACGCACGCUGGACUAGCACAACUCAAACCUUCUCACAACUUAAACAAUGAAUUUCUAUAAAAACUUCCCGAUUUUUGCGAAACUGUCCCUAAUGAACAUUUUUAAAUAUUCACAAUUUGCAACUUUUUACUGAAUUUAAAAUUGUUUUUACAAAUACAACAAUUUUUAAAUUAUUCACUUUUUUUAGAAACCUAAAAUUUCCGAAACCUUUUUAAAUUUUGAGGUUUGUCUGUGUUUGUCCAAGGUUUUCAUGAACUUAACCAACAAAUCAACCCAAUAAAAAUGUAAAAUACUCACAUUUUAAGUAAUAUAAAGUCGCGAGUUGUGCUACUCUUAACCGCAUUUCCGAACUGUGCUACUCUUCGCGGCAAAUCGUGAGUUGUGCUAUUUUUCGUUUGAAAAUUUGAACUGUGCUAGUCUUCGUACGGAGCGACGAUAUCUUUUUGCAGCCGGAGAAGACGCUCUUAUAUGAUUGGUCGCAAAUUAAGUACUUAUAGGCAUUUGUGAUCAGCUGUGUUUUAGACGUUAAAAUGCUAAAAAACCUCUGUAGAAGAAAUUCCAAGAAAAUCUCCCAAUUAUUCCCUCACGGACAAGAGGGUGUAAUCCCUGCUCUACACUAAAAAGCAGUAGGGUCGGCGAAUUGACUUAGUCAAGCCGCGGAACGGUUUCCCACCGUUCAAAACGUGCAAAAGAAAAAUAAAAAACCUCUGUCUGAUCAGGAAAACAUGUGGCUAUGUUAAGUCUCGCGUCUCAGGACAGCUGAGUCACGCUCUAUAAGCGCAAUUUGGGCAUUUUCAAUUGACAUAUACUCUUGCAACGUUGGUAUUGUGCACUACCUGUGUUGAUUAGUAUUUUUUGCGGCCACUACUUGCAACAAGUGAUAAGUUUAGUUUUUAAAGAGAGAGUGUUUAUUGAGUUUUGUAUAGUAUUUGAGUUUCUGUAAAUAUCCACUAUGACUUCAUCCGUAAUUCAGCCAAGCGUUGAUAUCAACUUACCAGAGUCAGAGUUAAAGGCCUUGGUUUCAAAGACCAAAGAUUGGAUGAUCAUGAAUGGAGCUAGCAUGAGAUCCAAGAAUAAUUUUAGCCUGGACCAAGUACAAGUCGCUCCUUUCUUGUUGUUGCCAUCGAUGUAUCCAAAGAAGGAAUUUGAGGUAGUUAAAGAGGUACAACCUUUGUUAAAUGAGCUUAUGCACAAGGUAGCUCAUGAUUAUGAAUUUCUAAGAGAUACGUUAAAAAGCACAAUCGAAGUUGAUAGUUUUACGUCGAAACUUUUUAAUAUCUACGAAAUUGUUCAUUCAGAGGGUUUUGCUCAGAAUAUAAGCCUUGGUCUUAUUAGAUCAGAUUACAUGUUGCAUAGUGAUGAAGGGAACAAAAUAAAGCAAGUAGAAAUAAAUAUGAUUGCAUCCAGUUUUGCAGCUUUAGCCGUAGAGACCACCAAAUAUCACAAAUUUGUUUUAACAGAGCUUGGUCACACAGAUAAAUUAUCAAACAUUCCAGCAAACAAUGCUGCAGCUGGUUUUGCUACUGGUCUAGCAGCAGGGUGGCAGGUGUACAAUAACAAAAAAGCUGUGAUAUUAGUUGUGGUUGAAGAGAUAACUUAUAAUUUUUCUGAUCAAAGGAAAAUCGAAUUUAAGGUACAGGAAAUAAGCCCAGACACCAAAAUCAUCAGGAGAACUCUAACAGAGUUACAUACUCAGGCACAAUUGGGGCCAAACAAAGAAUUACUUGUAGGCGAAUUUGAAGUUGCUGUAGUUUACUAUCGUUCUGGAUACGAGUUGGAAGCUUAUCCCUCUGAAAAAGAAUGGGAGGUGAGAUUAUUACUGGAAAGAUCUCGAGCCAUCAAGUGCCCAUCAAUACAAUAUCAUUUAGCAGGAACUAAAAAGGUACAGCAGCAAUUGGCAGUUCCGGGAGUAUUAGAACGAUUCUACUCAGAAUCAAAUCAAGCUGCAAGAAUCAGAGAAGUAUUCGUAGGACUUUAUUCUCUGGACCUGAAUGAAGAUGGAGAAAAAGCAGUUGCUAUGGCAAUAAAGGAUCCAGCGAAAUAUGUUCUGAAACCCCAGCGCGAGGGCGGCGGUAAUAACGUCUAUGGCGAAGAAAUAAAGACACGCUUAGAAGCUAUGGGAAAUUCGAAAGAACGAACUGCUUGGAUACUCAUGGAUAGGAUUCACCCCCCUCUGCAGAAAAAUUACUUGAUUCGCGCUGGAAGCGAAAGUGUAAGCUUACAAGACUUCGUCUCGGAGCUUGGAAUUUAUGGUAUUAUUUUAGCUGAUAAAAAUCACAUUCUGAUGAACAACCAAGCCGGCCACGUUCUGCGUACGAAACCGUCGUCAGCCGACGAAGGUGGUAUUGUUUCAGGAGCCGGUGCGCUCGACUGUCCCUUCCUUGUUGUAUCAUAAAUAUGGACGAGUUAAAGCUUAGCUUCAAAAAUCAGAUAAUAGAACACGUUAUCAAGAAAAAAAGUUUUAUUUUUUGAUACUGAUGCUUUAGGUAUGGAAGCAGGUGUACGAAACUAGGUAAAAUAAACUCACUCACAAUAUCUUAAGAAUUA